AUGCUGCUCAGAGGAUUACGAGCCUGUGCUGAACGUGCCUCGAAGCCGCUCACGACAAACUUGGAUCGAAUUUCGAAGACCACCAAGGAAUUGUUGGAAAGAAGAAGGGCUUUGAGGCUUGAUCCGAAUGCAUCGCACAUUGAGCGGCAGAAGAAGAUUCUGGAAGCAGCACAAAGAAGAACGAGUCUAAAGAAGUGCCGCAGGGAUCUCCGCGAAUAUAAUAUUAGCAACCUUGCUAAACGAAGACGGGACUCGCAUGUCUUCUCGUCGUGA